AUGGUCCGCAGAUUCUCCAAGUUUCCCAAGAAGCCCGCAGACUGGGUGCCCCCGUCGGCGCCGCUGUCCAUGCGGAAACAGGUCUUCCUUCCCGACUUCACAAUCGCUCUCAUCCGCACACCGUUUCUGCCCCCGCGAUACGCUUCCUUCUACGUCCCGCUGAACUUCAACAAAUUGGAUAUGCGCGACUACCUGAAACGUCUGUAUGGGGUUGAUGUGCUCUCCGUGAGGAGUUACGUCGAGCAGCAGAAGGUUACUCGGCUUCGUCCUUUGGGUAAAUUUGGGUACGGGAAGUUGAGGAGACCUAUGUCGAAGAAGAAGAUGACGGUUGAGAUGAAGACUCCGUUUGUUUGGCCUGAGGCACCGGCUGAUAUGGCUCCAUGGGAGUACGAGCAGUUCCACAAGGCGGCCAAAUAUCAGAACGAUAUCCAAGAUAAGCAACGGCCGGACGCGGGUAUGAAGGCGAACACGGAUGAGCGUGAUGCUUACGCCGAGGAAGCGAAGAAGCUGCUGGACGGCUCGAAACCCUGGAGACCUACUUGGCAGGCUUUGGGACUUAGCUAUGAUCGGACGGGACUUGGCAAGAGCUCGACUAGCUCAUGAGUGGUUUCUGUUUCGUGAUUGUUUCUUUCUUCCUUGUGUUUCUUUCUUGUUAGGCCUGG